AUGAAUCCGAAUUUUAUUGAUGCUAGAAUAUAUAGAGGUAUCAUUGGUUUUUCUUUUAACAAAGGUAAUUUAAGUUUGGAUGUUAAUAAUAUUUCUUAUGCAUAAUUUGACUUUGAAGAAGUUUUAAAAUAAGACAAAUAGAAUUUAAAAGCAUUAAAAGGAUUAAGUAACUCAAAUUGCUAAACUUAGCCAAAGCGUGUAAAAUGUAAUGUAAUUAUGAACUUGGGCUGAAAUAUGCAUUGAAAGUGAUUAUGCAUGAGCCUAAAUCACCCUUAGGAAAUUUUAACGCUGGUAUUUGAAUUGAUGAUAAAAGCCGACUGUCUGAAGUUUUUGGGUUAAUAUAAUGAGAAUACUUUAUAAUACAUUAAUUAAGCCAUAGACUAAGAGAAAAGAAGAUAUGAGUAAAGAAUAUCAAUUUAUUUUCGAAAUAAGGGUAAGAUAAUAUUUUAUAAAGGGGAAAUAUUAUUUGGAUUAAAUAGAGUAAAUGAAGCAAGAGAAUUUGUUUUAAAAGCACUUGAAAUAAAUUAAAACUAUGAAUUGGCUAUAAAGACAUUAAGUAUAAUAUAUCUAGAUCUUGGUUUAGAAAGAUUUGAUGAAAUUUUAUAACGAAGAACAAAUAAAUGA